GGAACCAUUAUUACACUCAUUUAUUGCUUUGUAUUUGAAUGAUCUAAUACUCAACAGCAGACGCCCUGUUACAGCUUUUAGUCUGGAGAGAAAGAAGACUAUAUGAAGUCAUGUGUUUGAUAUACUUUGGUUUCACUAUGUUUGUGGAUGUACAAUAUGAAUUAUUUAUGACAGUUUAUAUUUAGAAAAUAGGUACCUGAAAUGGAAAGAAAGGGUAAUGUGGAGCGUGAGAACGAGGUGUGCAGAGGAAGCCCACAGCUUGUACAGUAUGUUACUGGCAAGCAAGUAGUUGUAAAUAAAAAAACAUAUAGUUGGCCACGCUGUUACCGUAAUGUCUUGCAUAGCAAACCCCUUCAAAAUGUACUUUAAAAAAUGAUUAUUCUAAGUAGAAUAGUUACACAUUCUAAAAAGAAUAGGUGUAUUGUAUAUAGCGCUUUUCAUUACAAAGAGAAUUUCAAAUACGCUUUAAAAAUAAUACAUUUAGGGUUCUGGCAGUGGCAAGUGAUGGUGUUCCACUGCUGUGGGGUGUUUAGGCAGUUCAGAAAGCAGUGGUAGUGGAGGGAGAAGUGUCAGCUCUUCCUCGGGCACCGUUGCCGUAUCCUGCACGAUGUUUUUAAAAUAAAAUCGUUUUUAUCUACAGAUAUACACAACACACAUGAAUAGAAAAAAUCCUAUCAAGUACAGUAUUACCAAGGAAACUCGCGUAUCUGUUUAAACCCAAAUUCCCCAGUUCCACUGACCUGGGCAUGAUCUGAUUCUCAAACAUGGGCUAUGUCCUUACCCUUUUUAUUCAUGGUGAUUCGUGGCAACUUUAUUUGAAUUAAUCAAAACACUGCCAUGGUCAAAAUCACUAUCGGGUCACAUCUUCACACCUCAAUCAAUACCGUCAUCCUCGUACCAAUCUUCAUUAUCACCGUUAUAAUAAUAUAAAAUAUCUAAACCCCGGGGCAUAUUUCUUAAUCCAGCCCUGACCCAACAUAAUACUUCUACCAUACAACCUCUGGUAAAGCGAGUGAGAAAUAACUUUCUACUGGUGUUAUUACGGUAUAUUUGACAAUCAAGGCCAAGGGGGAGAGGCAUUUCGAAUUGAGUUAAGAGGCGAAAAAAAUCUAGAGUUUGUCAGCUUCCCUCCUUCCUUGUACAUACAAGAAAACCUCUGUGACCUUAGUGUACCAUUAUGUGGCUCUGGGCACUGCUUCCGAUCUGCUUGGCGGUAUUUGGCACUGUGGGCAUAUGGGUGGUGUUUGGUAUCGCUGUAUCGAAUGAGACUGUUAACAUCACAGGUAGAUUCCCUUACAUCAGUGAGUGUGGCACCUAUAAUCCACAGAGCUGCAUCUUUGCUCAGAUCUGCAACGUCUGCGCUUUCUUGGCCCUGUGGGUUGUAGUGAUCCGGUUUCAGCAGGUCAGGGACUAUGGUCAGAACAGCAAGGUGAACAUCGCCAGUAUCGUACUGGGCUUCAUCUCCUGUGUGGGCAUCUCCCUCAUCGGAAACUUCCAGCAAUCUGUAGUGAUGGGGAUCCACUUGUUGGGAGCGUUCUUGGCGUUCUUCGUGGGCCUGGCCUACUUCUGGCUGCAGGUGUGGCUCUGCUACAAAGCCCAUCCCUUGAAAGACCGUCACUGGGUUGGACCUCUUCGAGCUACAUUCUGUAGCAUCUGCACCGUCCUGGUCAUCACCAUGGCUAUACUUCAUAAUACCGGCUACAAAUCUGGAGCGGCCAUUUGUGAGUGGGCCUUGGUCAUGUCCUUCUUUGUCCUUUUUGGCCUCUUUGGGUCCGAGUUCCGUCACAUCGACUUCCACCAGCUCACCAUGCAGAAACAACGUCUGAAGACUCAGAGAACCAACGGAGUGGUCAGAAUGAAUGAUGUUUCAUAGUACAGCCAAUGAGGCAGGUAGCCUAGUGGUUAGAGUGUUGGACUAGUAACCGAAAGGUUGCAAAAUUGAAUCCCCGAGCUGACAAGGUAAAAAAAAACAUCUGUCGUUCUGCCCCUGAACAACCCACAGUUCCUAGGCCGUCAUUGAAAAUAAGAAUUUGUUCUUAACUGACUUGCCUAUAAAGGUUAAAAAAUACAUAACAAUGAGCCCGUGACCAUGCAUUGAUACACUGUUCAUAGCUUAACAUCUAAAGACACACACACACUGGGUUAUUUUGACCCAGCUAGUUGGGUUGCGUGAAUAACCCAACUGACUGUUAAAUAAACUACCAAUGAUUAAAUUAACCCAUGUUUGGGUAUUCCAAACAAACAACAAGUUGUUUGGAAUACCCAAACAUGGGUUAAUUUAACCAUUUGUAGUUUUUUAACCGCCAGUAUGGUUGACCCAGCAGCUGGGUCUUUUUUUUAAUGUAACCCAGGCUAUUUUCAUGAGGCUUGGCCUAUUAGGGGCGUGGCUUUCAGAUAAUGAUUUUUGUAUCACAAAUCUAAUUGUCGUCUUGUACUGGUUUUCAGUCAAGCAGAUCUAAGAUUUUCUCCCUUUUGCCUUUAUUUUUGUACCAACAUAAAUGAUUUAAAUGAGCACAUCAAGACAUGAACACUGUAAACAUAUCUACACUAUUUAUGUAGAAGAAGAUGUGAUACAGUCAUGGGGGUUUACACAAGUGUCUGAUGAGGGUUUACGUAACUGUAAGUGUUUUUAAUUUAUUUUGCUGAUGUUAAAUCAAAUGUAACUUUAAACAUACUGUACAGAGAAUAUCGAGCUUUCCCUCAGUGUCUGUCACGUCAAAAAAAUAAAACAUGACAUUUGUUUUCUCAGUGCAAACACA